CCUUUUUUUUCUCCCUCUCAAACUCAACACUCAAACUGAUUCCAGAAAUGGCAGGAGCAACCUCAACUAGCGCGAGCACAUCUCCCACCGCCGAACCACCGCAAUCCAGCUUAACCUCCCUUUCCCCUCCAUCAAUAGCGAUGGCUUGCGGCGAUUCUUCGUCACAACUCUCCUCCGCCACUUCUACGCAAACCUUGUCGUUCUCUUCCGGAAACCCUAGAAUCGAAGAAACUCGCGGUGUCAUACAUUUCUUCUCCGACGAUGUCACUUCUUCCUCCUCCCUCUCCGAACUCCCGGUUGGGAGAAAACCUCUUGCAUGUGUUCUUGGAGUUCCAAAUCACAUGACAUAUGCAGAUUUUUGCCGGUUUUCUGGUUCUUUUAUUCAACAUAUGCUUGAAAUGCGAAUUGUCAGGAAUGAUGAAAUGGAGGACAGAUAUAUUGUUCUGGUUAAAUUUGACAGUCAGGAGUCAACAGAUGGGUUCUACAAGCAUUUCAAUGGGCAAACAUUUUCAUCUCUAGAGCCAGAAGCUUGUCAUGUGCAUUUUACCAUUGAUGUGCAAUACACGGGCUCUAUUGAACGUGGACAAGCUUCUCUUCUGAAUUCGACUGAGCAGCCUACAUGUCCAGUAUGUUUAGAGAGAUUGGAUCAAGAAACCGGUGGAAUUCUCACAACCAUUUGUAAUCAUUCUUUCCACUGCUCCUGCAUCUCUAAGUGGACAGAUUCUUCUUGUCCUGUUUGUCGAUAUUGUCAACAGAAGCCUGAUAAUUCAACGUGUUUCGUUUGCCAAACCUCGGAGAAUUUGUGGAUAUGUGUAAUAUGUGGUUUUGUGGGCUGUGGAAGGUAUAAAGAGGGCCAUUCUAUAAUGCAUUGGAAAGAAACACAGCACUGCUAUUCCCUGGACUUGGAAACUCGGCGUGUUUGGGAUUAUGUAGGCGACAACUAUGUUCACCGUUUGAUACAGUCAAAAACUGAUGGAAAGUUAGUUGAGCUAAAUGUUCCAUGUUCACAUGCUGCGCAUGGCUGUGGAAGCUUUGAGUGCGGUGGAGAUCCUGGCAUUGACGAUGCUAUCGUAAAUAGUAAAGUUGAAGCUAUUGUAAAUGAAUACAAUGAGCUUCUUUCCACACAGCUUGAGAAUCAAAAAUUGUAUUUUGAGUCUUUAUUGCAAGAGAUUAAAGAAGAGACUGAAAAAGAUAUAGCUGAAGCUGUAGACAAGGCUGUGAGCUUGAAAUUGCAGAAAUUGCAAGCAAAAGUGGAUAGAUGUAUGAAAGAAAAGAAAUUUCUGGAUGAGAUUAAUGAAAAUCUGUUGAAAAAUCAAGAGAUCUGGAAGGCCAAGAUACAGGAAAUUGAGGGAAGGGAGGAGAAAGCUGUGAGACUGAAGGAUGAUAAAAUACGAGUUCUUGAAGAACAGCUCAAAGACUUGAUGUUACACCUUGAAGCAGGGCAAGCAGUGGAGCAACUAUCCGUAGCUGAUGAAGUAGAUGAUGGUGCUGUUUUGAAGUUAGGAGGCGAAUCCUCAACUACAAAGGCUACCAAUUCCAAAAACCGGAAGAAGAGGUGAAAUAAUUAGUUCAUAUACGUCAAUACUCGCAUUGAGUGAUGGGACUUUUGUUAGUACAGAUACUCAUAUUGGAAUGGGUGAACCAGAGUUUGUUACUUGUAAAUAUGAAUGGUUGUUUUGGUAGUUGUUUUAGAUAAGAAUACAAACAAAAUGGUCUUCACUGGCAUUUAGUCUCUCUUAAACAGUGUAUAUUCUGUUAGUAUUCUGCCCUUGAUGAUUCUGGUGAUGUUUCCGUUACAUUGUUUAGCUGUUGCUUAUGCCAGACUAACCAGAGUUCAGCUGUUUUACUA